UCUUCUCGUUCUUCACUGUUUUCCACUUAACAAUCUAUGUGUUUUGAAUGAAUUGACUUUUUUGUGGGUUUAAUUUGGGUUUUGAGGGUUAUAAUUGUUUGUGUUGUUUCAAAGAUGAGUUCUUUUCAUGAGGGUAUUGUUUGUGGUACUUGAAUGCUUACUGGAUUCAGUUUAAUUUGGAUAAGUCUAUCGAUUUCAUUUUUAAUUGGUAUUUUGGUUUCGGGUUUUAAAAAAUGGCUUUAUUUUUGUGUUUUGUUUUCCUUUGAGUAAUGUAGGCUAAAUGAGCUAAGGAAUUAUGAAUAGAGUAAGAAUUUCCAUGUUUGUACUUAUGAAACUGAUUUCGAUGAGAAAUUAUCAUGGUUACAUUCUUUAGCUUCUGUUUGUACGGUUAAAGCUUGUUUAAGUGCAUAUUUUGUGGUUUGUUGAGGUAGUGCAUUGACUUUUUACUGCUAAUUUUGAGAGUUCAGGUGCUGGGCUAUGUUCAUGUUGUGUUUGAGGAAAGUUAUUGGCUGGCCAAGUGUUUGAGUGACCUUUUUUGUGGCUAUGAUGAGUAACAUUUUCAUAUUGUAGAUAAGAUUUGUUUUGUGGGUUACAAUUUUUAUGGAUUAUGUUUUAAUUGUUUGCUGCAAAUGCAGAUUACUGGAAGUAAAUGGCUUCAACUUUGUUCAGUGGAUGCUACUUGUAGCCGUGCCACCACACAGAUAUCUACGAUGUCGUUUGGCGGAAAGAGACAGAAUGUGGUCUUGCGAAGAAGAUGUUUACCAAAGAUUAGGGAAGCCAAAGAGAUGUACUUUAACAAGGACGGGUCAGCCAUUAAGAGGCUGCAAGCUGGUGUUAACCAGCUUGCAGAUCUUAUUGGAGUUACUCUUGGUCCCAAGGGUAGGAAUGUUAUUUUGUCGGAUUGUACAAGUAACUGAGAUUCGUUUUAUAAACAAUUCUAAAGCGUUCCUGCUCGUGCGAUGAUAAUACUGAAUCAUGUUCACUCACUCGGGGCAGUUAUCUGCAACCUUAAUUGUUGUUUCUUUUAUUUUUGUUUUAGCACGAUAAACUCUGUUACCCCUGCUCCACAGGAUGGUAAUCCAAAGCCUCGAAUUUUUAGACUGCGAGAGGAAGGGUAAGCAUGUAUAUUUGCUAUCAUUAAUAAGCUCGGCGGUUAAUAUAGAAAAAGCAGAUAUUAUAAGAGAUUUAGUGUUAUUUACUACUUGUGAAUUCCAUAAAAAGACUUGGCGGACUCUUUGUCUGCAAAAUAGCAAUAGUUUGUAUCCAAAUUUGU